AUGACGCCAGAAGAUGUUCAGAAGCUGUUUGAAAGAAGCACACAGCCCGUGCAGCCUUUGCGCGCUGGCUCCACUACAGACGACGAAGAUGACGAAGUAUCUCUUUCUGAUGGAGAGCGUUCGCGGCGAGUAGAGCAGCUCAAACAAGUCCUUUCUACGCUGGGGAUGCUUGUUGAUUCCGAAAGCGUACAGCUAGAUGCUCUUGCCCAAAAAGUCGGGGAUGGCAGUAGAGAUGCUUCAUGGAGAUUACCUCUUGGACAAUCAGGUGUGCUUGACUUCUUCCUCGAGCUCGUCGGAAGGACUGGUCUUCGACAAGCUACUACGAUACAUGCACUACGGGUUAUCGGCAACUCUUGUGCAGAUACAGACGAGAAUCGGGCGCGAGUAGUGGCUUCCAACUGCAUGCCCAAGAUAGUCAAUCUCCUGAACGACGACUCGAUACUUGGCUUUGUGAUACCGGUUCUGUUCAAUAUUUGCGUAGACUAUGAACCAGCUCAGGCGGCCGCUUAUAAGGCGGGUAUCAACCCAGAGCUUGUCACUCUUAUCUCCGGCCCAAGAAAACCCACGGCAGAUGCAUUGAUGAACAUUAUAUGCAAACUUCUUGCCCUGGUCGCCAACCAGGAAUCGGAGGCUAACCUCGUGCACCCUGCAACACCCUUUAUCCUACUCAAACUUGCCAUAAACCCGCAAUCCUUGGCCGACUUGGAAGACUUCCUUGGGCAGGUCUCGGUCGCAUUGACCUAUCUUUCGAACGCAGCUUUUCAAGAAACGUUCCUCCAGACGCCCAACGCCAUACCACUGUUCCUCGAAGCUUUCUCUAAAUCGUGUACCAAUUUCGAUAUCAAUGCAGCAGAUUCAGAAGAUGCUUCCCGACUGAAGAAAGUCAACUCAAUUUUCACUCAAGCAUUAGCGGACAUCUCGUCAAGUCCCCAGUUUGCUACGGCGUGUCAGAUCGGUGGUGCGGAAAUGCAGACGCUGGAGCGAUGGAUAGGAAGUCCCUACUCUGAGCUCCAGAGUGCCGCCUGCCUUACAAUUGGCAACAUUGCUCGUUCCGAUGAUAUAUGUAUCGCUCUUGUUCAGCAGUCCGCGAUCCACCGUUCUCUGAUGGCCAUUCUUUCAGAUCGGUCAAAAGCGGAUGCACAACUCCUGCAUUCGACGCUGAGCUUCCUCAAAAACCUCGCCAUACCUGCUUCUAACAAGGCUAUAUUGGGCGAUGCUGGUUUGUUUGAGUCGCAUGUGCUCCCGAGACUAUGGGCGCUCGACGCACAAGUUCAAGUGCAGUUUACAGCCGUAUCACUCACAAGGCUACUACUAGUAUCGAGUCCGGAAAACGUGAAGCGGAUCACCGCCACCUUGAGUGCCGACCCGUCCUCGCCUGCGGCGGACCGGACACACCUGAAGACCCUCAUCGACCUUUUCCUUCGAUCCGACCAGGAACCAACGAAGACCGAGGCCGCGCGCGCCGUGGCAGCAGUCUUGAGAGUUCUUCACUCUUCUCCGGACGCUUCCACAUUGUUACCAAACCUAACUGGGGAUUUGUCCAAAGUCUCUUCGCCCUCACAAGAUGGCCCGGGAAUAUCGCCUUCACCAGCUCUUGAGGCCUUCUAUGCAAGCCAUGACACUCUUACCGACACGCUUGUCUAUCUCGGCACUCAGCAAAAGUUCCCCGUUCUCCGCUCCGACCUCUGGUUCGUGAUGGCUCUCAUGUCCCGUUCCGCGGUAGGCGCCGAUGUCGUGGCCCGAUGCCUACAGAAUGUCGAGCUGCUCCGGGCUCUCCUGCAAACCAUAACCGGACACGACAUGAUUGCCGGUCUCAUCGCCGGCGCGGUGCAGGAAGAGACCGCCAUAGUCUCCGGCAUUCCCGGCGGCCUGGAACCACAGCAAGUCGACCCGGCCCGGAAGGCAGGCAUGGCGCGCGUAGAUCGCGAGAACGGCCUCGUGCUCGUCGCGGAGCUGCUGCAGCGGUGUCCUGAUCGGCUCACGUUGCUGCCACAAGAGACGUACAGAGAGAUUCUCCAGACAGGCGGUGAGCAGGUCCUGAGCGACCGCGACGGGAACAGGGUUGAUACAACUACUUGA